AUGUCGACAUCACAUUACUCAUCAAAGGAGAAACGAAAAGCUGCCGAACCCCUGGAUGAGGGGUUUGCAAGCUUUCAGCAACAUACCAAAGGAUUCGGCUUAAAAAUGAUGCAGAAAAUGGGUUACAAUAUAGGUGAAGGUCUCGGAAAGAGUGGAGAAGGGAUAGUAAAACCAAUAGAGACCAAGUUGCGUCCGGGGAAGUUGGGGCUGGCUUAUGGAGGGUUCAAAGAGAAGGUGACAAGUGAAGAGGAGGAGAAACAACCAGAGCUAACCGAACAAACAGUAAAACCUAAAAAGAAUGCUUGGAAGGCGAAGGCUAAACGGCCCAGAGUAGAGUAUAAGACCGCGGAGGAGAUCAUUACAGGAAUUGAGGAGGACAGCGCCUCUAGUGCUUCCAUAAAGCCGAUAAAGAUUAUAGAUAUGACGGGGCCAACGGCGCGCGAAAUCACAUCAACAAGUCAGCUCUCUUCAUCGCUUUUUGCGCAAGAUGCAGUAGCUGGUCGUCUGCCCGAGCUACGGUAUAACUUGCGACUGAUUGUUGACAUGUCACAGUCUGAUUUGGAGCACAUAAUUAGAGAACAGCGAAUCCAGAAAGGACGAAUAAAAUCAUUCGAGACUGAACAGAUAAGGGUUGAAAAGUUGGUGAAUUCAGAAGCUAAUAAAAUUAAGCGGCUCGAAGAAAUAAUGGGUAUAUUGAAAGAUUGUGAGAGAUUUAGCUUAUCAUCAGAAGAUCAAGAUUUUUCUUCAUUACAGGAUAUGUAUCAGGCAUUCAAUAAACUCCAAACAGAGUACGAAGAAGAGUAUUCUUUGUAUGGCCUGGAUUCAGCUGUUGUGGCCAUCAUCACACCAUUAAUAAAAAAGAGUAUAACUACCUGGGAUCCAUUAAAUGAUCCAACAACUACGCAUUGGUUGGAAAUGAUAAAGAAAUGGCGUCGGUUGUUGAAGAUGAACGUUCCAAUAAAUAAUGAUAACAGCUAUGAUUUAAAUGGGGAUAGACUUGGAUUUACUAAAAAUACAAUCAAUUCAACCACAAUGACACCUUACGAAAGUAUGAUGUAUAAUAUUUGGUUGCCUAAAGUGAGAUCAGCAAUAAAUAACUACUGGAACGCCAGGGAUUAUGAACCAGUCACAAGGCUUCUCGAGAAUUGGCAUCCGCCAACACUCCCCAACUUCAUCUAUGACAACAUACUUGAACAACUCAUUUUCCCGAAGCUGAAACAAGAAGUUGACAACUGGAAUCCAAAAAAAGACAAUGAGAUGAUACAUCAUUGGUUGCACCCGUGGCUAUUGAUUUUACAAGAACGAAUGGAGCCGUUGUACCUGCUAGUACGGCAAAAAUUUGUUGUGGCAUUGCAGGCUUGGCAUCCUUCCGAUUCGAGCGCCUUUAAUAUUUUAUAUCCGUGGAAAACAGUUUUUAAGAAAAAAGAAAUGCAAUCACUUUUGCUUAAAUCUGUUUUACCGAAACUAACUGUGACCCUAAGAACCGAGCUUAAAAUAAACCCAAGACAACAAGAUAUCAAACCAUUCAAUUGGGUAAUGAAAUGGCAUGAAUUGUUUUUGGUAGAGGACUUUGGCCAACUUUUCGCAACAGAAUUCUUUCCAAGCUGGCUGGAAAUUUUAUAUGUUUGGUUGACACAUAAUCCUAAUUAUGACGAAGUGUUUGAAUGGUAUACUUAUUGGAAAGAACAAUUUCCCCCAGUAAUGGCGCAUACGAUCGAAUCCCACUUUAAACAAGCAUUAGAAAUGAUAAAUGAGAGCAGUGCACUUGGAGUGGACGCAGCUGCAAGAUUACCACAUCCUUCACAAAAACCCGAAAUUAUCGAAGAGCCAACAACUACUCCAUUUUCAAAAGACAGCAGUACAAUAACAAUAGAAACGAUAUCACACAAAGAUAUUGUCGAGGAUUUCGCCCAAGAGCAUAACUACCUAUUCUUACCUGUCAACAAGACUCACGCUGCAUCCGGGAAACCGUUGUUCCGAUUUGGUUGCUCGAUGCAAGGUGUCGGCGGUGUGCUCAUGUAUAUGAAGGAUGAUGUGAUAUAUGCGCAGGAGGAAUCAAAACAGUGGAUGCCUAUAGGAUUUGAUGAAUUGUUGGAGAAAGUCGGCCGUUUGAAUCGAAAAGAUUCAUAA